AGUCAAAUCGCAGCCGAUUAUUAAUUAUUACCUACGCUAAAAAACAUUAUUAAACUAAAAUAAUAUUAAUUAAUCAUGCUUUGAGUUAGUUUGAAGCUCUCUGCCUCUGUGACAUGUUCAAACUGUUCUGGACUGUUCAUAACUGGCUGAAAGUAGCAGUAUAUAAAUAAUAAUAAUAUUUCUCAUUUCUGUGAUACCGGUACUGAAUAAGUGUGCAAUUCAAGCCUCAUAAUUAUUUCAGUACUAAUAGUGCUUUCCAUAUAUAUAGCUUUGUACAUUUUGAUUAAGGGCAUUGUAUUAGAUCAGAGAUCAUACUAUGGAGCCCUCAAGAAACUGUAAUGUUGAGGGUGAGGUUGAGAGUGAUGAGGAACAAGCUCCAACAUACAUGAAAUAUCCACUACUAUCAUUUGAAAAACAAAUAUUUAUUGAUGCUUUUGAAAAGGAUGCUCUGGUUAUAUUGGCUAAAGGAAUAAAUUACAACAACAUUAUAUCAAAUUUGCUGUGGAUUUAUAAAGAUCCUGGCAAUUUAGUCUUUGUACUAAAUAGUAGUGAACAUGAAGAAAAGUAUUUCACAGAGAAGUUUGGAUUAACAGCAUUACCUAAUUUGGGAACAGAAAGAGAAAAGGCUUAUCUAGAGGGUGGAAUUCACUUUGUUUCUACACGAAUAUUGGUAGUUGAUUUAUUAAAAAAUCGAGUACCCAUUUCUCACACAAGUGGUAUAAUAGUCCUUCGAGCCCACACCGUCUUGGAAUCAUGUCAGGAAGCCUUUGCCUUGAGGUUGUACAGACAAGGUAAUAAGGUUGGAUUUAUAAAAGCAUUCUCAAAUUCACCUAUAUCCUUUACUUUCGGAUACAACCAAGUUGAAAAAAUUAUGAGAGCAUUAUUUGUAACGGAAUUAUUUUUGUGGCCACGGUUUCAUGGAACAAUCAUCAAAAGUCUUAAGAACAGACAGGCCCAAGUAGAGGAACUGCAUAUUCCUCUCACUUCCAAUAUGAGUUACAUACAAACCUGCUUGCUUGACAUCAUCAAUUACACUGUGAAACAACUUAAAAGUAUUAAUAGGACAAUAGACAUGCAGGAAAUCACUACCGAAAAUUGCAUUACGAAAAAGUUUCACAAGAUCCUUCAAUCACAAUUAGAUUGUGUUUGGCAUCAAUUAAGCACAAGAACAAAGGAAUACAUCCAAGACCUCAAAGUAUUAAGGGGAAUGACUGUCAACUUGAUCCAUGACGAUGCUGUUUCAUUCUAUGCCCUAGUAAGUAAAUACAGCACUUCAGAAUAUGCCCAAGUUAAUUCAGGAUGGAUUCUCUUAGACUCAGCUGAACAGUUAUUCAGAAUAGCGAAAUCUAGGGUCUAUAAUCAUAAGCAAGAAUUCGAUCCAGAAACCUGCCCUAAAUGGAAAUGUCUUAGCGAUCUUCUUACGAAGGAAAUUCCCGAAGAAGUUAGGAAGAAAGAUGGCGGAAAUAUUAAUAAAACUAAAAUUUUAGUCCUGUGUCAAGAUAAUAGAACAUGUUCGCAAAUAAAUAAUUACCUAACAAUGGGUACGUAUAAAUACCUAUUUUACAUGGCGUUUAGAAGAGACCUGAAUAUAAAUACUGUGUCAUCAAAAUAUACAAAAUUAAAAAAAGAAGUACCUGUUGAAGAAAUUAAAAAAGAAAAAAGUAAAUCUGAAAAUCAAUCUGAAGAUAAGGAGGAAGUGAAUGUUGAAGAAAAUAAGUCCAAUUACAUUUUAACAUUAACUCAGCUUGAUGAUAAAUCUUGUGAUGACAGUAUGUUUGAAGCAGCUUCUCAGAUUGACAACUUAGACCUAACUCAGCUAGAAAUGGAUAAGCCAGUGGUUUGUAUACAAACUUUUAAAGAUAAUGGUUGUAACUUCUCUUUGGAGCGAACUUUAGAGGCAUUACGUCCCGAAUAUGUUAUCCUAUACCACAGUGAUAUAGCAGCAGUCAGACAGAUUGAACUGUUCGAAUCCCGGAAACAACCCGAAGAGCCGGCAUCUAAAGUUUACUUCUUAAUACAUGAUAAGACUGUUGAAGAACAAGCUUAUCUUACAUCACUGAAAAGGGAGAAACAAGCAUUUGAAUUACUAAUUCACACAAAGACUGUAAUGGUAGUGCCGACAUACCAAGAUGGUAAAACAGAGGAAUAUUUUAAUUUGAAUGUUGAACAUGAAGACAGUGCCCUAGACACUCGAAAAGCUGGUGGACAAAAUCAACAGAAGGAGAAACCCAUUGUUAUAGUUGACAUGAGGGAAUUCCGCUCAGAUCUACCAGCAUUACUUCACAAAAAGGGAAUCAAUAUCGAACCUGUUACUAUAGCAAUUGGUGAUUAUAUUUUAACUCCUGAAAUAUGUGUUGAGCGGAAGUCUAUAUCUGAUUUGAUUGGAUCAUUGAAUUCUGGCAGACUGUAUACACAAUGCACCCAAAUGUCCAGGAAUUACACUCGACCCAUCCUUCUUAUAGAAUUUGACCAAAACAAGCCUUUCAAUCUGCAGGGACACUUAGUGGUGUCAACGGAUCUAUCUGGAACAGACAUACAACAGAAGUUACAACUUCUUACCAUACAUUUUCCCCGAUUGAAGCUGGUAUGGUCACCUAGUCCUUAUGCCACUGCCGAAUUGUUCUAUGAAUUAAAGCAAGGCAGAAAGAACCCGAAUGUAGAAGAGGCCAUAGCGCUUAAUGGCGACAAUACUGCUGAAGAUAUGCAUUACGAGCGCUACAAUAUUCAAGUUCACGACUUUGUCCAGAAGUUGCCAGGAGUAACGUCGAAAAAUAUUGCAAGGAUCAUGAACAGAGGAAAAUCUUUGGAUCAUUUGAUUACUCUCAAUCAAAAGGAAUUGCAAGAAAUAAUUGAGAAUAAGGUGGAAGCAGAAACAUUACAUGCAAUACUACACGUCAAGCCUCGCCCAGUAGACACUAGUAAUAAGGAUAAAAAACCAUUUGGGAAAAGGAAGAUCACAGGCAAACUAUUCAUUACCAAAAAAAAAUAACAACAACAUAGAUUUUUAAGCUUAAUUUAUUUGUCAAGCUAUACAAUAAUUUAUUUAACAAUCAUGUGGAUAAUAAAUUAUAUUAUCAAUAGUGUAUAAUUAUCAUUUCAACAAAUUUCAUAUUCGAAACAGGGA